AUGAAGCUGCCAGACCGAUACGAUAACAGCAAAGUGCAGCCGACCAACAGCUCCGCAUUCAGUAUUGCUAUGGAUGGCACAGAAGCGCGCCUCUUCGCACUUCAGAGACCCGAGCAUGUUUUGGAGUUCCGCAACUACGUCCACAAUAUCAAAGGCGAGUGUCUGAAUCAGAUUCAAGUAUUAUCAGACAGCAUAUUCGGAGAUGGCGAACGAGCGGCCAUAUUGCUGGCCACGCUCGUGAAUCAGAACCGCAGAACUACGUCGACGUUGCGCCGGCCCGGAACCGACACUUCUGGCUAUGAGCAUGGGUCUCCAGCUUACGGGCUGAAGAGCGUAGCGGUAGCAGUUCUGUUGAAACCCGAAAAACUCGACACCACUACCACUGACUGA